ACAUUCGUUGUAACAUGAAUAAAGAGUAAUGAAAAUGGAUGCUAUUAGUUUAUUUAUUUCCUUUCAUUUUAUAGUUUUGGAUUAAAACUUUUUUACUUUUGUAAUGAGAGCAACUAAUUGUUUUAAAAAAAAACUCAAAAAUAAAAUUUACAUAUUCAAAUAAUAUUUUCUGUUCCUAAAAUUUUCAUUUUCGUGUGGUUUUACUCGAUUACCACCUUUGUAUUCUACUCCGGCUGCACGCAGCCAUAGAACACCACCGGCGACAAAACCAGAGACAACUCAACCAAACGGAACUUCCAAAAUUCAAUUCAACUUCACCGCAAGAAAUCUGAAUCAAGCUACAAUGAAACCCAACACCAGAACUAGUUUUUGUUCUUUAUUACUAUGCUUGCUUAUUUGUGUUCAAUUCAAAGCUUCUUUAGGAUCUAACAAGAGAACCGAUGAAGCAUACGUUACUCUUUUAUACGGUGAUGAAUUCUUAUUAGGCGUUCGAGUUCUCGGUAAAUCAAUUCGCAACACUCGAUCCAAUAAAGACAUGGUUGUUUUAGUCUCAGAUGGAGUUUCCGAUUUCGCCAAAAACCUUCUCCUUGCUGAUGGUUGGAUAAUUGAGCAGAUUACUUUACUUGCUAACCCUAAUCGUGUUCGUCCGAAGAGAUUUUGGGGUGUUUACACUAAGUUGAAAAUAUUUAACAUGACCAAUUACAAAAAAGUUGUUUACCUUGAUGCGGAUACUAUUGUGGUUAAAAACAUUGAUGAUCUUUUCAAAUGUCGGAAAUUUUGUGCUAAUUUGAAGCAUUCUGAGAGGUUGAAUUCGGGAGUAAUGGUGGUGGAGCCGUCUGGAACUGUUUUUAAUGAUAUGGUGAACAAAAUAAAAACUACUGCGUCUUACACUGGAGGAGAUCAGGGAUUUCUCAAUUCCUAUUUCUCUGGAUUUCCCAAUGCACAUGUUUUUGAUCCAAAUUUGCCCUCGGAGGUGUUGAAGUCCAGACCCGUUCCAGAAAUGGAGAGACUGUCAACACUGUAUAAUGCAGAUGUUGGUCUUUACAUGCUUGCUAACAAGUGGAUGGUAGAUGAAAAAGAGCUCCGUGUGAUUCACUAUACACUGGGACCUCUUAAGCCUUGGGACUGGUGGACAUCUUGGCUUUUGAAACCUGUUGAUGUCUGGCAGGAUGUAAGGGAACGACUUGGGGAAUCCCUUCCUGGAACAAGAGGCGGCCAAAAUCCUAAUGACUAUUUUCUUGUGAAAUUUCUUUUUCUGCUACCAUUCUGUGCUUUACUAUUCUGCUGCUAUCAUUCAUUUAUGAAGAAUCAAGAGUACUUUGGUUCAUUUUUUAGAGGCUCGCUAUGUGAUCAAGUCAGACACCUUUAUUAUAAGAUUAGGUCAAGUGGAGCACUUGCAUAUACAAGUAUGUCAACAUCAGCAACCAAUUCAAUCCAUCAGCUCUCGAAUGGUUCUCAGUGCAAGGUUCCUACCUAUCUCGGCGGUGUUUCUGUCUGUGUCUGUCUAACGACUGCAGUGGUGUCCCUUGGGCUAGCUCUCUUGAUUGUUCCCCGGCAAGUGAUGCCAUGGACUGGUUUGCUUUUGAUGUAUGAAUGGACAUUCACAAUGUUUAUUAUAUUAUUUGGAGGUUAUCUCCAUUUUAUUUAUCGGUGGGGAAAAUACGUUGCAUCACGGGCAGCAUCAUCGUCACUUCCCGAGUCUUUGGAUUACGAUUCUGGAAAACGUCAUCAGCGACAGAUGUCAUCGUGUGAUGUUGCUACGUGGUACUAUGGUUUAGGGAUGGCCUUGUUGGCCAUUGGCGCUCCAUCUUUGCCUUGUCUUUUUGGAAUAACUGCCUUAUUUUUAAGGUUAGGUUUGAUGGUUGUUGGGGGCAUCAUUUUGGCAUCUUUCAUGACAUAUGCUUCAGAACAUCUUGCUAUCAGGUCAUUUCUUAAAGGACUUGAUGAUUGGGAUAUUGCUCCAAAUAGGAGCUUGUGUCUGUUAUGUUGAUUUUUGUUACAAUAGGAAGUGAUGUAAGACCAUAGUUUUUACAUCUUUCAGCCUAGAUAUGUAUUGUUGUUCUAGUUGAAGGUGUAUAUAAAUGAAUUUUUGUAUAUCUGGCAUUGUAUUUGCCUAGGUUUUGUUGUAAUAUUAUUUUUAUUUAUUCUUGAAAAACAGUGAUCCAUGAUUAACCUUUCAUGACAUCCUUCAAAUUUCAAAAUCUAGUUACAUUA